AUGGGCGUGCUAGACUUGAAACCGAAUCUUUUAAACAAGAUUUACGAGUAUGUAUACACCGCGAUUUCUUUGAUACUGUUAAACAGUAUGAUAGUAUUAUUUUGGUCAAGGCUUGACGAAGUGAAUUACAACAUUCAAUUAAACAAGAUAGAAGACUUAGUAGGCAAUACAUCUUACUUCAUACAAAUAACGAUAUUAAAUAUAGUGAUAAUCCUCAGCAGAAUAAACUCGCAGAAAUUACGAAAGGUAUUGGAACUCAUCGAAUCGUACAAUCGAAAAAUGGAGAACAUGGGAUUGGCGACUCGACAUCAAGCACUGUUUAUGUACCAGAUAAAAAUUAUCUCAUUAUACGGGAUCGCCAUAAUUAGUUACUUUGUAGUAAUGCAUAUAAUCUAUUACAAAGGUCUUAUGAAAAUUACGAUAGAGAGUAAAUUAUGCCUGACGUUUAUACAGAUUACAAUUUCAUUUUUAACUUGCGUUUCGGACAUUUCCUUCUGUAUCUGGAUCAAGUACUUCAGGAUUAAAUUUGAACAAAUGAAUGAGAUGGUGCGCGGUAUGUUAACAACGACGCCGGAUUCUCCGCAGCAUAGAAGAGUCUUGGGGUUGCAGUACGACUUUAAGAAUAAAAUGUUCACCUCGUUCAGAAAUGAAUCCAAACGCGGAAGCAACGCGAGUGCUUACAUAAUUAGAACACUAAAGCAAAGACAUUUGGAGCUGAUAAAGAUCGCGAGAAUGAUGAACACUGCAUAUGGAAUACAGAUUGCGUUGAUGAUGACUGUCUCAUUUGUUUCUACAAUUGCUCUCCUAUACAUGUGGUACAGGACCAUAUGGAUGAAUUAUGAGAUCCUCGUUCUUCUGUCUGAAACGAUGCCUUUCGCCUAUUACAUUCUGUUUUCCUUAUGGCGAAUAGUUUACGAGAAUCACGUGUGUGCCAAAACGUGUUCAGAGGCACUUGAGAUCGGCGAUAUUAUUUGCGAACUUCAUGAACCAUCAGCUAGCAAAGAAUUUCGUACGGAGAUCCAGGAUUUUACUUUACAGCUGAUACAGAAUCCAUUGAUAUUCACUGGCUACGGAUUUUUCGACUUGGGCCACGCAUUUAUUCAAGAGGUACUAGGCUCGAUCACCACGUACCUCGUAAUUCUGAUUCAAGUAGGAGACAUGUCGACUAUGUUCACAGAAACUGGGAACAAUAAUAGUACCGAAAAUGGAACUUCACCAAUGCAAAACGAAGAUCUUUAAAAUUUUUUAAAUUCUAUCAAACCUCCUUCCUCUGACAUCGUAAUUAUCAGUCAGCUAAUCUUUAUGCAAAAGAAAAUGUUUGUGAUGACAAUUUAAAAAUGAAAUCUCUUAAGAGAUAAUCGUGUGUAUGACAUUUUUGUAUCUUUUACACUCUCUGCAGAUGUACAAAGU